AUGUCGGCCACCGCUCGGGCGGCUACCUUGCGCCCUCAAAUGCCGACGCUCAAGAGCUCGUACGCUCAGCGGUCAUUGAUCCAGGCUUCCUCCUAUUCGACAUCACCGUCCAGGACCGCCCUCCCGUUGAACUCUCUGCCUGCGAACCGUCCCGUCGCCCAGAUCCUCUCUCCGUACGCCACCCUCCCGUUGUCGAGAUCUUUCCAUGCCGCCACUUCCCUCUGGCAACAGCAGCAACAACAACAACAGAAAGAACAGCAGAAGGAGAAACAAUCCGAAGACGCGAAGGAUGAAAAGGAUGGAGAGUCCAAGGAAGAGGGACAGUCCGGUGACGGAAAGAAGGAUGCGCCUCCGCCCCCGCCCCAUGGUGACAAGUCCCCCUGGCAAGUUUUCCGCGAGACUCUUCAGUCGGAGUUCAAGGCUUCCAAGGAGUGGGAAGAAUCCACCAAGGCUCUGGCAUCGUCAGCGCAUGAAUUCAGAGAGAGCGAGAACAUCAAGAAGGCUCGUGCCGCCUACGAAGCCGCCUCGGGAGCCGCUACUAGCCGGACCUCGACUGUGUUCAAGACUACCGGGAAGGCCAUUGGCACGGGUGCCGCGUGGACCUGGAACACCGGCGUUGUGAAAGGCCUGCGAAAGGGUGUGAACGCGACCGGAGAGGGGCUCGAAAAGGCCACCCGGCCUGUGCGGGAGACUGAGGCCUACAAGAACGUGAAGGACGCCAUUGAUGAUGGCAGCAGCUCCCGGUAUGGUGGUUGGAUUGAAAAGGAGGAGCGACGCAGGCAGCGACAGCUUCGUGAGCAGAUGGAGGCCAAGGGUGGCCACAAGUCUGGGCCGAUUGUUGAGGACCCGAAUGCUGGAACCAACGUCACACUGCACAAGGAUGCCGCGUGGAAAGAGUCGUGGCGCGAUUUCAAGGAUUCCAACCCUAUGAUGCAGAAGCUCUUCACGUUCAAGGAGACCUACAAUGAGUCUGAGAACCCUCUGAUUAGCACUGCCCGCAGCAUCACCGACCGUGUUGCUGGGUUCUUCGCCGAAAACGAGACCGCCAUGGUGGUCAAGAAGUUCCGGGAGAUGGAUCCCAACUUCCAGAUGGAAGCCUUCCUGAGGGAUAUGCGCGAGUACAUCCUUCCGGAGGUGCUUGACGCCUACGUGAAGGGUGACGCCGAGACCCUCAAGCUUUGGCUCUCGGACGCCCAGUUCCACGUCUACGCUGCCCUGGCGCAGCAGUACACCACCGCCAGUCUCAAGUCCGAUGGUCGGAUUCUCGAUAUCCGUGGCGUUGACGUCACGCACGCGCGGAUGCUGGACCCCGGUGAGAUCCCGGUGUUCGUGGUCACCUGCCGCACGCAAGAAGUCCACGUGUAUCGCAACACGAAGACCAACGAGCUCGCCGCCGGUAUGGAGGACAAGGUCCAGCUGGUGACCUACGCCAUUGGCCUGACGCGGAUCCCCGACGAAGUCAACAACCCCGAGACCCGCGGGUGGAGAUUGAUCGAGCUGCAAAAGGCUGCCCGUGACUACAUCUAA